AAUUCCGGAAAAAUAAAAUUCAAAUUGAAAAUAUCACAAAACCAAAACUACUAAAGAUAUCGUUCGAAUUUCCAGGAAUAUUUGUAGAAGAAUAUCCUUUUAAAAAAUUUGUAAAAAUUUUGCCCACAUUUCUUGAUGAAAACAUCCAAAAUCCCACACUGGGGAAAGAUGUUUGCAAAAUUUACAUUUUUUAGUAAAAUGUCCGUAGAGACCUCAAACCUUGGAUGGCGCAAAAUGCCAAACUUAGUCACAAUGAAACUAUUGGGGCUACUAACUCUUACAGUGGCCGCCGCCAUGAUUGGGACCGUAUGGGCUGAUGAAGAAAACAGAUUUGAAAACGUAAAUAUCGACGAAAUUCUGGCCUCUAAACGUCUAAUAAAAAAUUAUAUUAAUUGUCUGCUUGACAAAGGCAGUUGUCCACCCGAAGCUCGUGAACUGAAAAAGCAACUGCCCAAUACACUUCAAAGUGAAUGCAAUAAAUGCACUGAGUCACAGAAGAAAAAAGCUGACAAGUUUAUCAAACAUGUACGAGCCAACUACCAGGAGGAUUGGGAGGAAUUGAAAGCCAAAUAUGAUCCUGAUCAUAUAUACGAGAGUAAAAUCGUUCUGUCUUAGGUUUUUGAUAUCAAUGAUUUUCUCUAGGUAUUUCGUUUGGGUGUACCAUGGAUUGCUUGCGUGUGUUCGAUUGUUAUUUAAUAAUAAUAAACAAAACUGAAAAGAAAUAGUAAAA